GGGGAGAGGUGACUGGCCCUGCUCUGGGCAGUUCUCUGUCCACUCUGACACUGUGUCCUCCUGUCGGGGAGACCAGGAUAUCUCUGUGACCAGGCCUGAAGUCCCCUAUACCUUCAGAUCCCUCCCCAGAAUGGACACGGGGAACUGCUGCCAGCCCCACCGUGGACUCCACCUGCUGCUGUUCCUGCUGGCUCUGCCACUCAGGGGCCAGGCCAGCACCAGCUGCUACGGGAUCCCAGGGAUGCCAGGCCUGCCAGGGGCCCCCGGGAAGGACGGGCACGAUGGACUGCCAGGGCCCAAGGGUGAGCCAGGAAUCCCAGCCAUCCCUGGGACACGAGGGCCCAAGGGUCAGAAGGGCGAGCCUGGCCUGCCUGGCCAUCAUGGAAAAAAUGGCCCCAUGGGGCUACCUGGAUUGCCAGGGACUCCUGGCUUCCCAGGGCCCCGUGGGGAACCAGGUGAGGAAGGCCGAUACAAACAGAAGCACCAGUCAGUGUUCACGGUCACUCGACAGACUGUCCAGUACCCAGCUGCCAAUGGUCUGGUCAAGUUCAACUCAGUAGUCACCAAUCCUCAGGGGGAUUACAACACAAACACGGGGAAGUUCACCUGUAAGGUGCCCGGCCUCUAUUACUUCGUCUACCACACAUCGCACACAGCCAACCUGUGCGUGCAGCUGUACCACAAUGGCAGGAGUGUGACCACCUUCUGUGACCACAUGUCCAGCAGCAAACAGGUCAGCUCGGGCGGUGUGCUGCUGCAGUUGAAGGUGGGCGAGGAGGUGUGGCUGGCAGUCAAUGACUACAAUGGCUUGGUGGGCACUGAGGGCUCCGACAGCGUCUUCUCCGGCUUCUUGCUUUUCCCUGACUAGAGUGACAGAUCAGCUCCAGCCUGCAGCUGCCCACCUUCCUCCCUCCCUCCCUCCACUCCCUGAAUCCUUGCUCACACCCUUCUCCACACUGCAGUCUCCUCCAGGAAGCCCACCAGCUGACAGUCCUCUGACUAUGAGGCCCUUCAAGGACCAUUCCUGUGAUGGUUAACUGAUACCUUAUGGGACCAUUUUUUCUUUCAGGUGGGGAGAUCCAGGAAUAAAAAUAUUCAGUCACUAAAUAUA